AUGAAGAAAGGCGAGUUCAGUGUGAUCUCGAUUGCAACAGCAAAUUACAAAUCGGCGGCUCGUGUCUCGGAAGAAGGAUUAAUCGAUAUCAAUGGCAGUAGUAGUAUUGGUAACCCCGAUUCGCAUCCAGGGCUAACACGAAGACUGACAACAAUAAAUAAAUUGCAACAAGAAGAAACACAUAGUCGCUUUAUGAAGUGUGAGUGGGGGGCAGUGUUGGAAGAAAGUGGAAAAUCCUCAGUUUCCCUACGAGAUCUAUCUAGAAACUAGAAACUAGGUAUCCUCAUUGUGUAGAACCUUAACAAUACUGUAACUACCAUGCUUUCCUUGCAUCUUACGUUUGAGAAACACGUAAGAAGAUACAGCAUCUACUUAUGUGACCAGUUAUUUCGUAAGAAAUCCUUCGUAAGUACCUCUAGUUCCCCAUUGAAUCCAACAGUAACUGAGUAAUGCGAAAGUUACUUAAUAUUUAUCUGUUCUUGCACAGGGGUAAUUGCAACAAGAAGAAAC